AUGCUUGCAAAGGCUUCUCUGGCUUUUAAUUGUAAAAAUGCAACCUUUCGGAAACUAUUUCCCGAAUACGUAGAGAAAUACGAGGAGCAGCUAGCAGCCGAGCAACCUCAGGAAACAAAACAAUCCGCCCAGGACAAGAAUUCCACUCUGACGAGACGUGGGCCAGCUGAGGAGUCAGUUGACGGCCAACUCCCGAAAGAGUUGAAUAACAACCAACCCCAGCAACAGAGGCGGAGAUCCAUCCCUACAUGGCUGCUCUUAUUGCUCGUUUCGAUUUUUGCGGCCAUGAUGGCCUUGCCUUUGCUCCAUCUUUAA